CUAGCUUGCUGUUAAAGACAAAGGGAUUACAUAUACUGUAUAUAUGUUAUUUUCUUUAUCACUUUACUGGAAAGUGGUAACAAAAUGCUGGAGAUGCUUGAAUACAAUCACUACCAGGUGCAGUCCCACCUAGAAAACCCAAGCAAGCACCACAUCCAGCAGGCUCAGAGGCAGCAGGUGAGGCAGUAUCUGUCCUCCACCCUGGGUGGGAAGGCAGGCGGCCAGUGCCCCAGUCAGCCCCCUGAGCACAGCAUGCCCCCCGGCAGCGCUCCCAACAGUCCCAUGGCUUUGCUCACCCUCAGCUCCAACUGUGAGAAGGAGGCUCUUUGUGUCACACAGAUGGAUGACGUCAUUGAUGAUAUCAUCAGCUUGGAGUCCAGCUACAACGAAGAUGUUCUUGGACUGAUGGACCAAGGACUGCAAAUCAACAGCCCGCUCCCCGUGUCCGGUAGCCUGCUGGAUGUGUAUAACAACCAGGGGCUUCCACUCCCCGGCCUCUCCAUCAGCAGCUCCUGUGCGCCCAACAUUAAAAGGGAGUUCACAGCUCCUGGCAUGAAGCAAGUACUGGACAAGCCUGGAUCCUGUGGCCAGUAUGAAAGCUAUCAAAGGCCAGAGGGCUUUCCAGUAGAGGCGGAAGUUCGCGCUCUUGCUAAAGAGAGGCAGAAAAAGGACAAUCACAACUUAAUCGAACGAAGACGAAGGUUCAACAUCAACGAUCGCAUUAAAGAGCUGGGAACUUUAAUACCCAAGUCAAACGAUCCAGACAUGCGCUGGAAUAAAGGCACCAUUCUCAAAGCCUCAGUGGACUACAUCAGGAAGCUGCAGCAGGAGCAGCAGAGAGCCAAGGAGCUGGAAUGCAGACAGAGGAAGCUGGAGCAUGCAAACCGCCAUCUCUUGCUUCGGAUACAGGAGCUGGAGAUCCAAGCCCGGGCUCAUGGUCUGACAGUGGUUCCAUCCACAUCUGUCUGCACAUCUGAGCUGAUGGCUCGAGCCAUUAAACAGGAGCCCAUCCUCGGCGACUGCCCGUCUGAGCUCUACCAGCACUGCUCAGCUCCUGACAUGUCUCCUCCAACCACGCUGGACCUUAACAACGGCACCAUCACCUUUGACCAGAUUCCUGUAGACGGAAGCAGGGACCCUGGCCUCUACGGAAACUCCAGGACCUGUAAAAUGAAGGAGUUGGUGAGGGACAACACCCUCGGGCCGCUUUCCCCAAGCGACCCCCUGCUGUCCUCCAUGUCUCCAGACGUCUCCAACAGCGUCAGCAGCCACCACAGUUCCAGCUCCAGCAUGGAAGAGAAAGACCACGGCUGUUAGCACUGACACUUCCUUUUACACCAACAUUUAAAGUUUUCCUCGUGACCAGUGGAAGAACGAACUCUCAAGUUAUUUUCAUUGCAUUUUUUUUCAUAUUAUUGGUCAUUUCAUUGCUGAACACUCGAGUUCCCGUCUGUACGUUGUGUUUAUGCAGUCCUUCUACCUUCAAGGCUUCUAGAUGGACAGAUCAGAAAAACAUAAGGAGCAUCUUCAUAACUUAUGGGGCGGCAUGGCUCAGUGGGUAGAAUGGUUGUUCUGUAGCCCAAUGGUUGCCAGUUCGAUCCUGACCCGGUUGAGCUCAUGUUGAGGUGUCCCUGAGCAAGACACCAA